AUGUCAGCUGCCAUAUUCGAAGGGACUUUGUAAAGGUUUCAUGCCUCAGUGGUACUUUGAUUCCGCUUCUGGUCGCUGCGACAUGUUUGUCUGGGGUAUGUGUGGGGGCAAUGACAACCGCUUCAGCUCACCUGAAGAAUGCUAUGCCAGCUGUAAGUUUUGA